GAGGGUCAACAACAUCGCCUUUGAACUUAUUUUCGGACGAACCUUCCUUGACAACCGCUCUCAGGCGCUACUUCAUCGCACGUCUUACAAGUAACCAGUCUCUACAUAUCAGCGCCAUCAAUACAAGGGAUAAAGUGUGCAUUGGUAAUGGUCGAUAAAUACGUUAAUUGCCAUAAUCCCGCGACAGCUGCAUCACUCCCAAAACAAUACACUCUGAUCCUAUAUGGCGCUGCCUGAACACCCAAGGGUACGCAUUAGUUCAGAGCAUAACAGAAGCAAGGUGCCCCACUAUGAAUUCCCGGCUCAUUACGCAACUCCAGUAUAAGACAGACUCCACAGACCACAACAGUCAGUCACGUCAGCCGCCCACUGGGAGAGGAGCUCGGAGUCAGACUGUCUUAUGACCAGUGCUCUCUGUACUUCAUUCAGGAGGACCUCACACAAGCUAACAGAGGCUGCCCUUUCCCUUUCACACACUUAUCCAGUCAGGAAAUUUAAGAGAAGAUGGACUUCAUUCUGCCCUCCACUCUACCAGCUGGUGGUAUUCAAUGGGAGAAAGUCUUGCCACCUCUUAUUCCUCGCCUAAAUGGAACUUUUGGACAGUACAACUGGUCUCCUCAGUUACUGAUUCCAGAGACUGAUAAUACCAGCCCUGCGGAGGUCAACUGUGAUGAUAAUGGUUUCACAGUUCAAGUAGAUGUAAAGGAUUUCAGCCCACCUGAUCUCAUGGUGAAAGUGAUUGGGGAUUUUGUUGAAGUACAAGGAAAGCAUGAAGAGAAAAAGAAGAAUGGUCCAGGAAUGACCACACGACAGUUUAAUCGCCGCUAUCGAAUCCCUAAGGGGGUGGACACCAUGGCUUUGGAGUCAGCAGUCUCUCCAGAUGGGAUUCUUAUCAUAGCUGCACCCAUGCUGGAAACCAGAGUCCUGAAAUAAUCACAUUUAUGUAAACACUCUGUCUCUACUAUCCACACUAAGAACAAUAACAAAUGCAACAGAAGCGAUAUGUACAUAUAAAGACAUAACUCUUUCUCCUUCAGUCAUAGCAACAUGUCCCAAAACACUCAUUUGUUUAGUUCCUGGCACUUUUCAAGCACUCCCUGCUCUUUGAGGUUUGUAUAUACUGCUCUGGCUGUUAUCAUUCUUACAUGUUUCCAGAAACCAUUCUUUGUAAAUAGUCUGCGCUAACAGUUCAACAAGCUGACUUUGUUGUGCAGCCUUGUAAAAUGCACUGUGUAAUUAUUGUGAUUAAUGAUGCACAUUGACAUAUCUUUGAGAUCUUUAAUGUGGAAAUGUUUCUUCAAAAACAUACAAAUAAGCUUUAUUUCUUUAUAAAAUGGAAUAAAAAAAUCAAGUGUC